GGAGAGAAGACAGCGGUGUCAGUGUAGAUACAAACAGCCGUUCUCAACAAACUUCAGAUUUAUUUUGUCCAGAGGCAAAGUCUACAUUUAAAUGGAAUUUCUGAAGUAUCUGAUGCUGUUGUUUCUCAUCGGUGACACAACAAAAUGUUUGUGCAACGGACAAGAUACAGACCUUUUCUACCCGUUUGGAAAUGAAGACAUAAGGAGUCCACGGACAGAUGAUGGAAGCUCUCCAGAAAUAUUACUGGAAAAGCCCUUUGUAUAUUUUGGACGUGUUAAUCAAAAGACUUAUGUUAAUAACAAUGGGCAUUUGACAUUUGACGGGCCUUUCUCACAACCAAUGCCCUACUAUUUACAGUCACAAUUCAACAGAGACAUCAUCGCUCCUCUUUGGACAGACAUGGACAACACUGUCAAUGGAACAAUCUCCUAUCGUCAGGUCACCAGUGGAGGACUCUUACUAGCAGCUUCAAACAACAUAAACCAGUAUUUUCCCAAUCUGAACUUCACUGCCUCAUGGCUCUUCAUUGCCACUUGGGAUAAAGUUCCAUACUAUAACAACUUACAGUCGAAGUCAACUUUUCAAGUGGUUUUGGUGUCUGGUAAAACAUGUCAUUUGCAAUCAUGCAUUACGGUCAAAUCGCUCAGACCACACAACUUUUUAUGUCCGGCUAUGACACAAGUGAUUCAACUGAUUCCUUUCUAAUGCCCGUCUCUGACAUUACAUAUCUUCGGAACACAAGCAAUAUCAACGUCAAUGGUCG